AUGGAAAAUAGUCACAAAGAAGAUAAAGGAGAGAAAGAAGAAGAAAAAGAAAAAGAAGAACAAAAACAAAAUUCAUUAUUUUAUAAAGUUUGGGGUAAUAUAGUGAUUUUUAAAAAUAUAUUUAGAUUUGUUAGAUUAUAUAAAAAGAAUGAAAAGGUAGUUUUUAAAAGUAAGAAAGAAUUAUUAGAAUAUCCAGAAAGAGAAUUUAUUCAAUUUUUAGUUUACACAAGUAAUGAGUUAUUAGAAGUUGGUGAUUUACCAAUUGGUUGUGUAUUAAAAGAUGUAGAGUUAACAAGCUAUAUUCAUACAAAUAUAGAUGGAAGUAAAAUACCAUUUGGUGUUGAGAAAUUAGAAUUCUUAUGGUCAGGUAAUAAUACUAGUAUACCAAGAACUCAAAUUUCAACAUUCCCAUCUUCAUUAAAAACUAUAAAUGGAAUUUUCCUUGGAAAAAAUAAAUAUAAAAAAAAACAACAAGAAGAAAAAGAGCAAGAAAAAGAAAAAGAGCAAGAAGGAAAAGAGCAAGAGGAAGAAAAUUGUUGUUUUAUAAUUCCAUCAAAUAUUAAUACAGUUUAUUUUAAUGACUCACCAAAUAUUUCAGGAGUUGAUAAAGGUAGGGGAUAUGUGAUUUUAUCAAAGGGGUUAAAAGAUAUAAGUUUCGAUUGUUAUUGGGAAAAUGAUGAUGUGUGUUUAAGAAAAGGUGAUUUUCCAGAUGGAAUUGAAAUUUUAACAAUGUCAGGCUACCCAUUAAAAAAUAUAACAAGUGAUGGGAUUUUGCCAAAUUCAAUUAAGGAUUUAUCAAUGUCCUAUGGUAGAAGUACAUAUAGAAGUGAUGGUGAUAAUGUUAAUAAAGAGCCUGGCAAAUUCGAUGUUUUGCCAAUGGCUAUUGAGAAACUUUAUAUUAAUCAUCAUUGUGAUAUUAAAAAAGAUUCAUUAUUAAAUACAUUAACAUCAUUAAAAGAAUUAAGAAUUUGUAAUUGUGAAUGGAAUGAAUUGUUGAUUGAGGCAGGUGCAUUACCACCGAAUAUUACCACUCUUUCACUUGAGGGUUUUAAAAGUAAGCUUGGAGUUGGUGUUAUACCAAUCGGUGUAAAACAUCUUGAAUUGUCAAUUAGUUCUUCAGAUAUUGAUUCAAAUUCAAUUCCAUCAACUGUUGAAUCACUCUCAAUUGAUAGUUUUAUCACUCAGCCUGAAAUAUUCCCACCUUCAUUAACUCAUUUAACAUAUGGUCAAACUUUUGAUGAUGAUGAUGAUGGUGGUACACUCGAUGAUAUUCAAUUCAAUAUAUCAUUAUUACCAAAAUCAAUUACAUCACUUUCAUUACACCCAUCAUUUAAAGAUUUAAAUAUAACUUUCCCUCCUUCAAUCACUAAAAUUGAAUAUAAAAAAUAA